AUGAUUUCCAGAUCAAAAGACAUUGUGCAAUAUGACAAGCCUAAUUCUCGACAAAAGCAAAGCAAUUCAUUUAGUAGAGGAUUAAAUCAAAGUGGAAGACCCACAACCAAUCAUACUUAACUUGACAUUAAUUAGACAGGGCAAAACUCAUCUAUUUUUGAUCUUCCAGAAAAAGUUAAAAAUUCUUUGGUCCACACUACUCAAGCAAAAGAUGAUUCACCAAGAAUUAAUUAAUUCGCUUACUUCACGAAUCAUAGUAAAAGAUCUUCGACUGGUACAGCCACUAUCCAUCAUCAUAAAGAUAACAGUGCGACUAGUAUUUAUUUGAACUAGCCUAGAGUAAAAAUAAGUAAGAACAAUGCAGCUUCAAAGAUUAAGUAAAAUAUUAGCAAAUAAUUGAUAAACUGA